GAAAGGAAAUCAGGCACUGCCUGCCGGCUUUACAUCUGUUGAUCUGACCUGACGUGAGGUGUCCAAAGAAGGACGGCUGGCAGCUCUGCUUGACUGAGAACCCACCAGCUCACCCCAGACAUCUCGUAGCAACUUGACCUUUCAUGCGAAGGGGGAAAGAAACACAUGGGACCAAACACCUGAGCAGAAUGGAAUCAUUAUUUUUUUCCCAAGGAGAAAAUCAGGGUAAAGGGGGGGGGGGCAAGCAAUUUAAUUUAAAGUCCCUGUGAAUGGGCUUUCAGAAGGCAAAAAAGAAACCCACCCAGACAGGACCUGGGGUGGAACUUGGGUCCUGUGGCUUUCUGAUUAUAAGAGGAAGCAGGUCUCACACACGCUGUUGGCAAAUGUCAGACGGAAAACAAGCAGCAGGUUAAGUGACUGGCAAAAAACUUCCAGGUGGAAGGAGCAACCCAGGUUCUGCUACAAGCUUGCAGGAACCUGGAGCGGGACAGCGAACUUGAACAUGACCUGUUGCAUUGAGCGAGUUCCAGCAACAUGCUCCUAAGGAAGCGAUACAGGCAUGGACCCUGCAGACUUCAAUUCCUCCUGCUGUUGCUGAUGCUGGGAUGCAUGCUGAUGAUGGUGGUGAGGCUGCAUCCUCCCCCCCACACCCUUCACCAGGCUGGCACAGCCCUGGCCAGCAAGCACAGCCCUGCGGCUGGGUAUCGCCUGGACUUUGGGGAAUCCCAGGAAUGGGUACUGGAGGCUGAGGAUGAGGGCGAAGAGUACGGCCCCUUGGAGGGCCUGCCGCCCUUUAUCUCACUGCGGGAGGAUCAGCUGCUGGUGGCUGUGGCCUCACCCAGGGCCAGAAGGAACAAGAGCCAGGGCAGGAGAGGUGGCAGCUACCGGCUCAUCAAGCAGCAGAGCAGGAGGCAGGACAAGGAAGCCCCAGAGAGGGACUGGGGGGCCAAGGAGGAGGACGGGGAGGUAUCUGAAGAAGAGGAGCUGACCCCACGCAGCCUCAGCGAGGCACUCAGUGACCACAUCCCUCUGCAGAGGGCCCUGCCCGAGGUGCGGCACCCGCUGUGUCUGCAGCAAAACCCUGGGGACAGCCUGCCCACGGCCAGCAUCAUCCUCUGCUUCCAUGAUGAGGCUUGGUCCACCCUCCUGAGAACCGUGCACAGCAUCCUGGACACAGCACCCAGGGCCUUCCUGAAGGAGAUCAUCCUUGUGGAUGACCAUAGCCAGCAAGGACAACUCAAGUCUGCUCUCAGUGAAUAUGUGGCCAAGCUGGAGGGUGUGAAGUUGCUCAGGAGCAACAAGAGGCUGGGUGCCAUCGGGGCCCGGAUGCUGGGGGCCACCAGGGCUGCCGGGGAUGUGCUGGUCUUCAUGGACGCCCAUUGCGAGUGCCACCCUGGCUGGCUGGAGCCCCUCCUCAGCAGAAUAGCUGGUGACAGGAGCCGGGUGGUGUCUCCAGUCAUAGAUGUGAUUGACUGGAAGACUUUCCAGUAUUACCCCUCCAAGGACCUGCAGCGUGGGGUGCUGGACUGGGAACUGGAUUUCCACUGGGAGCCUUUGCCAGAGCGUGAAAGGAAGGCCCUCCAGUCCCCUAUCAGCCCCAUCAGGAGCCCUGUGGUUCCCAGCGAAGUAGUGGCCGUGGACAGACGUUACUUCCAAAACACUGGAGCAUAUGACCCUCUCAUGUCACUGCGAGGUGGUGAAAACCUUGAACUGUCUUUCAAGGCCUGGCUCUGUGGUGGCUCGGUUGAAAUCCUUCCCUGUUCUCGGGUGGGGCACAUCUACCGAAAUCAGGAUGCUCACUCCCCUCUUGACCAGGAGGCCACACUGCGGAACAAGAUUCGCAUUGCUGAGACCUGGCUGGGGUCAUUCAAAGAAACCUUCUACAGGCACAGCCCAGAGGCCUUCUCCUUGAGCAAGGUUGAGAAGCCAGACUGCACAGGGCGCUUGCAGCUGCAAAGGAGACUGGGUUGUCGGACCUUCCACUGGUUUCUGGCCAACAUCUACCCUGAGCUGUAUCCAUCUGAACGCAGGCCCAGGUUCUCUGGAAAGCUCCACAACACUGGACUUGGCUUCUGUGCAGACUGCCAGGCAGAAGGGGACAUCCUGGGCUGUCCCAUGAUGCUGGCUCCUUGCAGUGACAGCCGGCAGCAACAGCACCUGGAGCACACCCGCAGGAGGGAGAUCCACUUUGGCAGCCCACAGCACCUGUGCUUCGAUGUCAGGCGAGAGCAGGUGAUUCUUCAGAACUGCACAGAGGAAGGCCCUGCCAUCCGUCAUCAGUACUGGGACUUCCAGGAGAAUGGAAUGAUUGUCCACAUUCUUUCUGGGAAGUGCAUGGAAGCCGUGGUGCAGGAAAACAACAAAGAUCUGUACUUGCGUCAGUGUGAUGGAAAAGUCAGCCAGCUGUGGCAAUUCGACCAAGUCAGCCUUGUAGAUGAACGAUGAAUGCCAGUGUCAGAAGGACAAGAGAGUCUUGGCCACUGCAGCUCAGCCCCAAGGGGACUAAAAGAGCUUGUACAUUUUAUGAGGCAGCCCCUUUUGUGUUUGUGCUCCUGGUGACAAGAAAGAUGAAAGCUCUAUGAGAGAAUACAGCAAGUCUCUUCUUCUUGCACCUUAUUUCACAGACUGCUGGCUGUUUUCAAAAACAGAAAAAGAAAAAAAUGAAUUUAUUGGUUCAUUGUCUUCAUCACCGGAAGACAAUCAUUACAUAGUACAGAAGAGCCUUCUUUUUUUUCCACUGAGCACUUAACAAUUGCUUUUAUCUCUGACUAGGGAAAGAGGCCUGGAGGUUCUCUGACAGCACCUCCGUGAUACAUAUAUCCAAUGGAUCGAUUUCUUUGUCUUCAAAUAGCCUUAACUUGGAUUGUCUGUGUAGUCGACCAUGAAAAUUAAAAAGUGAAGAGGAUUUAAUGGUGUGAGGCUCCAAAAACUUUGGAUUAGGUUUAUUAACACGAAUUUUGUGUUCAUUUGUUGAGCCAUUGCUCAGAAGAAGAAGCUACAGAGACAAGGGUAAGGUUGGAGAGAAGACAGAAAAGAGCUUUGGCCCAAUUCUUCAGCUCAACCUACAGCAGCAAGGGGUCAGUAAACCUGGGAUAAGAUUUUUUCAUCUUAACGAGAACUUCCUUGGAACUUUCUACCUCCAUUGGCCCUGCCCUAGCCCUUCUCUAGCUUGGUUAACCAUAACCAGAUUCCCUUGCAAUAUAUUUCUCUUUAAUCAUUGGUGUUAGAAGGAUCAGGAACAGGCUAGGCAGUCCCAUUAACAAAGCUGUUUACAGCUGAGAAACUCUCUUGAUGCCCUGUUUGAAGGUUGUUUCCAUUGACUGGAUGAGAAAUAGCAACCUUUGCAAAGUGGCAACCUUCAUGAAAGGGAAAUGCCAUAGUCCGAGCCAAAAUUCUUAUGAGAGGAUACAUAGUUUGGUGUUAAUGUCUGGGAGGGUUGACAGGGACAUCUCUGAGUGUGUAGUUACUGUCUGGCACCCCCCAAUGUACCCACAGAUUGACCUUCACAAGUGUGGGGAGAAUACACCUCACCUAGAGCACAGCCAAGGCUAACAACAGCUGAAGGUUGACCUCCCUGGGACCUGGCCUACCUAGUUUGGCCAAAAGAGUUGCUGAGUGGGUUUGGUUCUGCUGUUAAGAAGAUGCCCAUUUCUCCCCCACAUGGAGUUAGCUCUUCACGUGCUCAGUUUAGAAACCUCCCCUUAAAGACGCUGAUCUCCUUUGGGCUGUCUCAGAAAACAGUAUAUUUCAAAUAGGAAAAAUGAGGUAGGAAGUGUGGGUUUCCAAACAAUACCUAUCAUAAUUAUCUAUUCAUUUCCCACAUGCUUAAGUCAAUGGCCCACUACAUUUCUCCUUCCUCAGAAUACACUCUAGAUCUGUCCUGUCUGAUACGGUAGCCACUAGCCAAAUGGGGCGAUUUUAAUGUAAGUU